UCAAGUAAUUGCCUUUUCCUUCCACACCACAGUUUUUCCCUAUCGUGUGACCAAAAAAUAAAAAACAAAAAAUCUCACCACAGUUUACCAAGAAAAGAAACCAUUCAAAUAAUUGGCCUGGCAAGUAUAAAAAUAAAAAGUCAAAAAAAUUGGCCUGACACUCAUAAGAACUUGUCGGAAAUGAAAUGAGACCCUCCUUCCUCUUUAUUGAAAAGCAAAUGAAAUGACUCAUUGACACAAGAAGACUUGGACUCCCAUUGGAGACGUUGGAGAUAGCUGACCAUAAAAGCCGUGUACUCUACACCACUCUCUCUGUUCGCCACUACUUAUCUCUCUCUCUCUCUCUCUCUCUCUCUGUGCAUCUCUUUUCUGAGGCUGUUAGCUUUGCUUCUUGCUGAUCUUGUAUUUUUUGUGAGUUUCUUGUUGGCUUGCUGAUCUUGUGGUUGUUGUCUUACCAAUUCUCUGGCGUUGUAACUUGUAACAUUAAGCUAAAGCUGCUGCCUUGCUUCGUCUCCAUUUUUAUAUAAUUGCCUUGUUCAGUGUUUACAGCAGAAGCAGCAGAUUUCCAAUGGCGUUGAGCACCCAAAGAACCUCUGCUUUUCAUCCUUCAGCUGAUCAGUCGGCUCCUCCUCAUUGGAAGUACGAUGUGUUUUUGAGUUUCAGGGGUGUAGACACUCGAAAUGGCAUUUUAUCCCAUUUAUACCACGAAUUGCAGAACAGGUGCAUCAAAACAUUCAUGGAUGAUCCAGAGCUUGAAAGAGGGACAACUAUUUCUUCUGAGCUCUUCAAAGCAAUCCAAGAAUCAAGGCUUGCAAUCGUUGUUCUCUCGCCAAACUAUGCUUCUUCUUCCUGGUGCUUGGAUGAACUUACAAAGAUUAUCCAAUGCAUGAAAUCCAACGGCACAGUUCUGCCUGUGUUUUAUAAUGUGGAUCCCUCUGAUGUGCGAAAACAAAGUGGCAGUUUUGCAGGCGUGUUCACUGAGCAUGAGAAAAGGUUUAGGGAAAACAUGGAAAAGGUGAAGCGCUGGAGAGCUGCUUUAACAGAAGUUGCCAAUUUAUCUGGGUUGGAUUCAAAGAAUCAGUGUGAAAGAAAGCUCAUUGAAAAGAUUGUUGAAUGGGUGUGGAGGAAAGUGCAUUGCACAUUCAAAUUGUUAGAUUCAACAGAGUUAGUGGGAAUUAAGUUUACACGUGAGCAAAUGGAUUUGCUUGUAGCUCCUACAGAUGAUGUUCGCUUUGUAGGGAUAUGGGGGAUGGGAGGCAUUGGCAAGACCACCAUUGCUAGGCUUGUUUAUGAAAGCAUUUCUUUUCAUUUUGAAGUUCCCUGCUUUCUUGCUAAUGUUAGAGAGGCUUCUGAAGGUAAUCAUCUUGUUGAUCUACAAAGACAGCUUCUUUUCCCUAUCUUGAAGGAACAAAUUACUCAAGUUUUGAAUGAAGACUGGGGGACCCAUUUCAUUAAGAAUUGCUUAUGUAAUAAAAAGGUUCUUCUCAUUCUUGAUGAUGUGAAUGCAUCAAGCCAACUAGAGAAAUUUGCUAAGGAAAUGGAUUGGUUUGGUAAGGGGAGUAUAAUCAUCAUUACAACUAGAGAUGAACGGUUGGUUAAAAAGCAUGAUAUGGAGAUAUCAUAUAAGGUAGAGGGAUUAGGUGAUGAUGAGGCUCUUGAGCUCUUUAUUCUGAAUGCCUUUAAAAAAUUUGAGCCUGAGGAAGGUUUUUGGGAAUUGUCCAAGUGCUUUGUAAAUUAUGCUGGAGGCCUUCCAUUAGCUCUUAAAAUUUUGGGAUGCUCUGUGUAUAAGAGAGAUCAAGAUGAAUGGAAAAAUGAAUUGAAUAAGCUACAGAAAAUUCCUAAGACAGAAAUUUUCGAUUUGCUCAAAAUCAGUUUUGAUAGACUAGAUGAGAUGAACAAGAAUAUAUUUCUUGAUGUUGCAUUUUUCCUUAAGGGGAAGGACAAGAAUGAAGUAAUUGGAAUACUAAACAGUUGUGACCGUUGUUGUGGGAUAAAUGCUCUGGUUGAGAAGUCACUCUUAACCAUUUAUAUUUCAAAAAACAUUGUUGGGAUGCAUGAUUUGAUACAAGAAAUGGCAUUUGAAAUUGUUCGUCAAGAGUCUCCUGAAGAGCCUGGUGGACGCAGUCGAUUGUGUCAUCGUAAUGACAUCAUUCAUGUAUUGAUAAACAAUACGGCAAGUAAAAAAAUUCAGGGCAUUGCCUUAAGCAUGGCAGAACUUGAAAAUGUGGAUUGGAAUUGUGAAGCAUUCUCUAAGAUGAAUAACCUGAAAUUUCUUGAAGUUGAUAAUGUGAUCAUUUCCCCAAUGUCAAUCCCCAGAAUUCUUCCUAAUUCCUUAAGAAUUAUGAAAUGGAAUCGGUAUUCUUCCAAAUAUCUCCCAUCAAAUUUUCAACCGAAUAAACUUGUUUCACUUGAGAUGCAGGACAGCAAACUAGUUGGGCUCUGGGAUGACAGAAUUGACUUGCCCAAUUUGAAAUACAUGGACCUUAGUCACUCUCGAAACUUGGCAACAACCCCAAAUUUCACUGGCAUUCCAAAACUCGAGGUGUUGAUUCUUGAAGGGUGUGAGAAUUUAGUUGAGAUUCACCCGUCCGUUGCAUAUCUAAAAUGGCUUACAGAAUUAACACUAGAUGGAUGCAAAAGUGUUAAGAGUCUUCCAAGUGAGGUAGAAAUGGAUUCUCUUGUGCAUUUCAGUCUUGAUGGUUGCUCAAAACUGAAAAAGAUUCCAGAAUUUUCAAGACAAAUGGAAAAGUUGUCAAUGCUUAUUUUGAGUGGGACGCCCAUUGAAAAAUUACCUUCAUCAAUUGGACGUCUUGUUGGCCUUACUUUACUGGAUGUAAGCAAUUGUGAAAAUCUCUUGGGUCUUCCGAGCGAAAUUUGUAAUUUGAAGUCUCUUCAAGAGCUCUGUGUGAAUGGAUGCUCAUACAAUGACAAACGCCCAGAAAACUCGUGGGGCUCUUUAAAGAUCUGUAUGCCUAAUAAAUCAGAGCGUAAUAAAUCAAGGUUUUGGUGGGGCCUCCAAAGAAAGGCUUUUGUGUUGGGUUCGCUACAUGGUUUAUGGUCUUUGAAGUAUUUGGAUGUGAGUGAUUGUGGUCUCAGUGAAGGGGAUAUUCCAUGUGAUAUUGGCUGCUUGUCCUCUUUAGAACGAUUACACCUCAGUCGAAACAAUUUUGUUAGCCUUCCUGCAAGCAUUGGAUGUCUUCCUAAGCUUUGCUCAUUUUCGGUGAGUGGGUGCCAAAGGCUUCAACAAUUGCCCCAUCUCCGCUUUGGAUUCAUUGAAGGCUUCAGACAUAUUUACAUGUACACAGACGAUUGCCCUUCCUUAAAAACGUUGCCAAAGUUGAGCAUAAAAAAAGGAAGAUGUCAUGUUUCGUUGAGUUGUGUGAAUUGCUAUGGAUUGGUUGAGAAUGAUGGCUGCGAUGAUAGUAUAAAUAAUCAUCAGGUUCUCUCUUUGUUUGCCAAACUUGGAAUGCUCUGGACUGCUCUGGAUUGGGGAUUCCUUCAGGUACCUUUACUCACUUCGCCAAUUUCAAAUACUCCCGCUUUCCAAAUUGUAACACCUGGAAGUAGAAUUCCAGAGUGGUUCAAUAAUCAAAAUGUAGGAGAUUCCUUAAUUGUGGAGCUACCUCCAUGUACCACGUCCAUUUGGUUUGCUUUUUGUGCUGUCUUUGAAGAAGGUGCCCCUGUGGAUCACCCAAAUUUUCAAAUUGAAUGUCGCCUAGGAGAAGGUGCCGCUGUGCAUAGUACACCCAUUGAUAGAGGCCAUCUUGUGUCACCUCACCUUUGGGUAUCUUGUGUAUAUCAUUAUGUAGUCGACAAAGAAUGCAGUCAGAUGAAGAUUUCAUUCCAAUCUUAUUAUUAUAAAGGAUGGACGCCCGUAUAUUACUCGGGUAUAAAGAAGUGUGGGUUCCGUUUGGUGCACAAACAAGACGUGGAAGAACUCAACCAAAUCAUGAUGAUGAACCACUCCAUCAACAUCAGCACAAAAGCUACUUCUCCUCACAAUUCAGCUGAUGCAAGUGCAAGUGCAAGUGGAAGCUCUCACCAAAAAUCUCUCUGCCGCAAAAGCUUUGCUCUUUCCAAAUGGUUUUUAACAAAACUUGUAAAGAUUUUCUCCCUCUUUUUAACGACUGCAGUUUUUAUGAAAUCCUUCAACAAUAGCGAACAAUGGGAGUGCAUAGGACUUUUGAUUUGGAGGGUAACCACUUUGAUUUCCUACUUAGGCCUUGCACCCUCUUAUUUUUCGCUAUUGUUGAAAAGUUUAAUAAAAACUGUUAUUCUUAAAAGAGCAGCUAAAUUUUUGCGACCUUUGUUAAAAACGCCGCCUCCUCAAACGUCUGCACAUAAAUACUUGAAAGGCUAAUGACGGUCUUCUCACAAUUGAUAUUAGUAAGGUUCCCAUCACUAUCUUUUCUAGCCAUACAUUUACCAUUAGAUUCAUCACUUUCGUGGAUGACAAUUCCUCUCUCUCUCUCUCUCUCUCUCUCUCCCUUCAUGUGCUUUUGUCAUGAAUGCAUUUCUGUUUAAACUACUACAGAGCAUUAAUCAACUCAUGUAGUAUAUACAUGUUUUACAACUGAUUAAGCACAACUGAGGGCCGAACAAACAUCCAAUGUAAUUCAAACUAGAAGUAAUGGAUCCAAAAGUUGACAGUGAUUUUAAUGCCAUUGUCUUACAUAUACAAUUAAGAACGAAAAUAGAGAUCCAAGUAGGAUUGUAAUGUAGAAGAGCAUAAAACUUCAAACAUUCAAGAUUGAGGCAGAUUUAGCUAACAUGUACUUCUUGAAUCAAAGUACCAUGAGAAGAAAAAAGCUAGCACUCUUUAUGCUGGUUUAUUAAGUCCUAUAAGCUAAAGGCAUUUAAGGCGUCAAGUAGUAGAAACAUAUUCCACAAGAUGAUCUUAUGAAACUAUUUAUAAACCCAGUUAAUUUAUAAACCAGUUGAUAAUCACCCAUUUAUCUAUCUAUUGUUUUGAAUCU